AUGUCCGAAACGGCGGUGGUGACGAGCCGCGCUGGGCGGGCGACGAUGUUGCAGCUGGUGCAGCUGGUGCUGCUGGCGCUGCUGGCGCUGCUGGCGCUGCUGGCGCUGCUGGCGCUGCUGGCGCUGCUGGCGCUGCUGGCGCUGCUGGCGCUGCUGGCGCUGCUGGCGCUGCUGGCGCUGCUGGCGCUGCUGGCGCUGCUGGCGCUGCUGGCGCUGCUGGCGCUGCUGGCGCUGCUGGCGCUGCUGGCGCUGCUGGCGCUGCCAAAGCUGAAUCGUCCGGCGAACCAUGCCCCGCCGUAA